AUGGUAUCCCGUCAGCAAGCGAGCUCUCCCCUCGAAACACUCCCAUAUUCAAGGGCUUCGUCGGCAAAUGUAGUUCGUCUUCUUCAAAUCCCCGAGCUGUCGCACCGUUGGCAACACCCUCACAAACGUCCAAAAAUGUCUCUCUCACGAUCUUCAAGAGAUGUCUUGCUGCUGUCGCGUCAAUUGACCCGGCCAAGCGGAUUCAGGGCCCCGCGCCUCCCGCGAUCCUCCCGCACCGUUGCAACCUUCACGCCGCCGCACCAGGCGAGUGCCAUAUCCCGAAUUCAGACCAAUGUCGAUCCAUCCUCUGAAGAGUUCAAAGAGAAUGAACGGCAGAUGGGUGAGGUCAUGAAGAAGAUGCAGGACCUGACGCGGAAGGUACACCUCGGUGGCUCGGCUAAGGCACGGGAAAAGCACAUUGCGAGGAAGAAGAUGCUGCCGCGCGACCGAGUCACUGCGUUGAUUGACCCCGGCACUACUUUCCUGGAGCUAUCCCCUCUGGCAGCACACGAGUUGUAUCCAGAGGCCGACGUUCCCGCCGGAGGUAUCAUCACAGGUGUCGGAGUCGUCGAGGGUGUGACAUGUGUGAUCGUUGCCAACGACAGCACAGUGAAAGGCGGCACAUACUAUCCGAUCACAGUUAAGAAGCAUUUGAGGGCACAGGCUGUUGCUCAAGAAAAUAAGCUUCCCUGCAUUUACAUGGUUGACAGUGGUGGUGCCAACCUCCCCCAUCAAGCCGACGUGUUUCCGGACCGUGACCACUUCGGUCGCAUCUUCUACAAUCAAGCAAGGAUGAGCUCGAUGGGAAUACCCCAGAUUUCGGUUGUAAUGGGUCCGUGCACCGCUGGCGGAGCCUACGUCCCCGCGAUGAGUGACGAGAGCAUCAUUGUUGAGAAUCAGGGCCACAUCUUCCUUGCCGGUCCGCCACUUGUCAAGGCAGCCACGGGUGAGGUGAUAAGCCAUGAAGAACUGGGAGGUGGUAAGAUGCACUCUUCAGUUUCUGGUGUGACUGACUACCUGGCGGUUGACGAUGCCCAUGCCAUCACCCUUGCCCGGCGGAGCAUUAGCAACUUGAACUGGCCGUCAAAGUCACCAUCCACAAUGGCGCCGGCAAAGAACUAUGCUGAGCCUCUCUAUUCGGCCGAUGAGCUUCUUGGGAUUGCCAGCACAAACCUGCGCAAGCCACUCCCUAUUAGGGAGGUCAUCGCUCGUAUCGUUGAUGGUUCUGAAUUCUCUGAGUUUAAGCAGAACUUCGGAACAACACUCGUCACAGGUUUUGCUCACAUCCAUGGUUACAAGGUCGGUAUCGUCGCUAAUGAUGGUAUCCUUUUUGCCGAGUCCUCCGUGAAGGGUGCGCACUUUAUCGAACUUUGCGCUCAGCGGGGCAUCCCAUUAGUCUUCCUGCAGAACAUAUCCGGCUUCAUGGUCGGCUCUGCCGCAGAGCGGGGCGGCAUUGCUAAGCAUGGCGCGAAGCUGGUCACUGCAGUUGCUUGUGCGGACGUGCCAAAGUUCACGGUUGUAGUCGGUGGCAGUUAUGGUGCAGGUAACUACGGCAUGUGCGGUAGAGCCUACAGCCCGCGCUUCCUCUGGAUGUGGCCGAACGCGCGUAUUGGCGUCAUGGGCGGUGAACAGCUGGCUGCUGUGAUGGAGACAGUCGGCCAGAAGGUCGAUCCCGAAUUAAAGGAGAGGAUAGAGCGGGAAAGUGAUGCAACCUACUCGUCGGCGAGGUUAUGGGACGACGGCAUUAUCCCCCCUCAGCACACCCGCAAGUACCUUGGUUUGGGUCUCAGGGCAGCGAUGUCGGGCCGUAAUGAAGUUAAGGCUGGCGAUACCAAGUUUGGCGUGUUCAGGAUGUAA